UCCUACGUCCGCCAUAGGUAGACAGCGAUUGCAGCAACAGAAAACAGACCAACCACAUCUCAAGCUGUCUUCAAGGCACAAAAGUACAAUUUCAAGCAAAUGGCGCAGCAAAACGGGGCUCGAGGGAGUGUUUCGUGAUAGCUAUGGAAGUGGAAAAAAUUGAAGUCGCUGAAAAUAUUUCCCAAGUUCAGUCACCUUCUUGCCAGGAGUGUCGUAUUUGUCUUAAGAAUGCCGAUGAGUUUUGGGAAUUGUUUCAAAACGAUCACGAUAUACCAAAAAAAAUCAUGGCAUUUGCUGCCAUACAGGUAGAACAUGGUGAUGGCUUACCAAGUGUGAUUUGUCUCUCCUGUCGGCAGCUCUUAGAUAUGUCUUAUGAUUUCAAAUGCCAAGUUGAAAAGUCUGAUGCUACUCUGCGUAAAAUAUUAGUGACGAGGCUAACAAUAACUGAAGAUGCUGUGAGAGAAUCCUCACGUUCUGUCAACGACGUCAUCACAGAGGCUAUUGUUGAUGAAAUUCCCAAUAGUGAUAUCAAGGAUUUUGAGAUGCAGGAAGAAACAAAACUGCAAACUCUUCAUGAGUUAAAAUGUGUAAUUUUGGAUGACUAUGACAAUAAAGAAGGUAUGGCGACUUAUAGAAUUAACGAGGGCUGUAUUAGGCCCAAACAUUUGCCUGAGGAAGAAGCGGAGAAGACUCAAAGGAUUGAACCAAUUGAGAAAUGUGUAGAAAUAGACAAAAGUUUAACUGAUUCUGGAAUUGCUACAACUUUGGAAAAUGUUGAGGUAUUACUUGAAGAUCAAGGAGUUACUGUAGGUAAGUUGAUUGAUGCAACAGAGCACACGGAAUGCAAAACUGCCAAACUGGAAAACCUUGGAAUACCCGAAGAAAGUGAUUUGUCUGAUCAAGAGGAUGAUUCUCAAGCUAAUGAAAUUGAAUUUUGUGAUGAAGAUCUUAAGUUUGCGUUAAAAAAUAAUUCGUUAUGUGAUGUCCGUGAUAUCGAAGCUGAUGGAGUUUCUUCUGAAUCUGAUAAGUUGAAGGCUACCGACUGUGAAAUCCCUAGUGAAGAAAUCAAUGACAGCGACGAAGAGAAACCCUUGAUUUCACGGACAAAUCGGCAAAAAUGUCCUCAUUGUAUCAAGAGCUUUGCUACCAAUCUGGCCUUGCAGCGUCACAUGACUGUUCAUAAACACAAAACUAAACUUCGCUAUGUCUGCUACUUGUGUGACAAACAAUUCUCUAAUGUGACAAAAUUGAAAAAUCAUGUAUCAAACAACCACGAUUCUUUGAAAAAUGACAACAGGGUUGACAUGGACAAUAACCAUGGCACUUCUGAAACUGAUAGAAAAGUGGAAACAUUGGAUAAAGAUAACGUUGGAUUAAGUGACAAGCAAAGAGUGAUGAAAAAAAGUUGCAAAUUGAAAUGCAAAGUCUGCACCAAGCAGUUUACUUAUCAGAAAUCAUUCCUUACCCACAUUAAAACCCACCCUGAAUAUGAUAGAUCAGAAAGUUCAGAAAAUCAUAUUCAGCAAUUGCAAACUAUUGAUGAAUCUUUAGAACAACAAGAUGAGUUGACUGAUUCAAAAAUAAAUGAAUCUGAUGAUGAUGAUUUACCCUUGGAAGGUCUUCAAUGUACCCAGUGUGGCAAACUCUUUGCAACAAAAGCAAAUCUGAAGAGACAUAUUUCUACCCAUAGUGGACUGAGAUUCAAUUGUUCAACUUGUGGAAAAGAAUUUUCAAGAUUAGAUAAACUCAAAGAUCACGAACAGUCAAAACACAAAGAAGAAAUCUUUGGUCCUUCGGAUGAUGAGGAUGACGACACUGAUAAUGAGAACAACAAGCCUACCGAUGGUACUGGAUCCAGAAGGAAGGAAAAAAAAUGCAGACCUCAUCAGUGUGCUAUGUGUCCCAAGUCCUUUGCGCAGCCUCAAUCAUUGGCUAACCAUAUGGAACGGCAUAAGCGUGUGAAAGAACCUCAAAAACGUUUCCUUUGUGAAGUAUGCAGCAAAUGUUUUGCCCAAAGUGGAUCACUAGUAGCCCAUAUGCGAACUCACACAGGGGUCAAGCCCUACGUAUGUAAUGUAUGCAGUAGAGCAUUUACUAAAAGUACAUAUUUGCAGUUACAUCUGCGCACACACAGUGGUGAAAAACCAUACAUAUGUCAAUAUUGCAGUAGAGCAUUUGCCAGAGCUAAUACGCUGGCUAGACAUAUAACUAUGCACACAGGGGAGGCAAAAUACCAUUGUCAAAUAUGCAUGAAAUCAUUUAGGCGAUUAACUUCUCUGAACGAACAUACUUAUACUCAUACAGGGCAGAGGCCAUAUGCAUGCAAGAUAUGUUCAAAGAGAUAUAAUAACGCUGGUUCUUUGUAUGCUCAUACAAAAAAAUGUCGAGCACAGCAGUUGUCGGGUUCUGCUUCAACUUAUACAGUUUCAGUUGAUAAUGCUAAUCACAAUGACACUGGGACUGUGCCGCAAAUGUUGAUUUAUACCCAGAGAAAAAUUGCAGUCAACGAGCCACAAACCACGCAAGGUCCAACUCCACAGUUUAUGAUAACGACUGUUCAGAGUCAAAAAUCGUUGCCAACCCAUAUCGCCCAGGCCUUUGCAGUAGGAGAUCCUCCAUGCUAUUCGAUCGAUGGAAAGUCGUUCAAGAAUCCAUAUUACACAAUCUAUCCCAAUAUGUAAAAUAACAUCAAGUACUCAUCACGUAAUCAAUUAAUCGUUUUUUAAUACCAGCUUGUUUGUGAAAAAUCGUUGAAAAUAUAUCCAAUAAAAGGAUAAAAUGGAUCAUUGUGAACUCAAUGUAAUUUAUUCAUGCGAUAACAGCAAUUGGCAUUGUUUUAGUAUGGUUAUAGAGAUUAUCUCUGGUAUUAAAUGGUUUUAUAACAUCAAUUCAUACAGAGCAAGUAUUAGAUGGUUAAUAAUUUUGAAUAUGCCUGAUUACAUCCGAUUGAAGUAAUAUCAUCGACAUUAAUAAGGUGAUAAUUAUGUUUGAAUUAUAUGUAAAUAGUAAAAGCAAAAAUUCAUCAGGACUCAAUGAUACAAAACUACUGAUGAAUGUUCCAAUACAUACAUAUGUAUCGUAUUUACACGGAAUCAAAUUUAUAUUACUACGUACACAACAUUAUUUUAUAAUAAAGUUUCUAAAAAAUUA